UCGACUUUUAGAUUCCUAACAUAAACACUUUUUAAUCUAAUGUUUUUUUUGAUAGAUUUGCACAAAUCGUUUUUUGUUGUAGAAAUUGUUUAUAAUAUCGUUUGUAAAUUACUUUUGUAAAUGCUAACAUGACGUCGCCUUCUUGUACGACUGUUAAACGCCCAGGGAAAACAUCCAAAAGGCCUGUACAAAAUAGGACAGAAGAACAGCAACAAUUGCCAAUGCCUCCUAAAAGGCAGAAAAUAGAGGGAUGUGGAGAAAAUAAUGCCGGCCUGGAGUCCCGGCCGUCUGAUGCAAAUGGAAAUUUUCCUCAAGGACAACAAAAACAAGAGCAAACCAAACCAACUGCAAAGGUUAAACAACAAACAUCCAUCCGUUUUCAACAUUUGUAUGCUAUGGCUCACCUUUGUCCUAUAACAAUAACAGAAUUUAAGACACACACCAAUGUCGACGAAUUGGUCAGCAACAUGUGUCAAAAGCUGUACGGCGACCCAAGCACCAAUGCAUCUGCCCAACUCAAACGUUUAUAUAUAUUCUUUUAUUUGAAACCAAACAGUCGCAAGUCAUAUCCCUUGUCCCGUUUAAAAAUGUUGCCCACUUGUCCGGAGAAUCUUCGGAAAAAGAUUCUAGAAAUACCACAAUUGGAACCGGAAUCUACUACGGAUGUGCCAAAUUUGAACAAAGUUCACAAUCAAAUGGAUCCAACAAAUGCCUGCAGUGAGAAUACAAAUGUUAACGGAACUUUAAAUAGAGAGGGCUCAUCCAAAUUGGUAAAUAAUCCAUUAUUAGACAGAUUACCAGAUGCAACUGAAACUGGUAACUUUUUUUCGGAAACACAAUCCCAGCAAAAUGAAAUUGGUGAGACAAAUAUUAUUCUGCCAAGUCCUAAUUCCUCCAGUACUACCAUAGCAAAGAAAAUCUCUGCCAACAGAGUUGAAAUUUUGGAAAAUAUUUUAAUACCAUCUAAUUACCCACGGGUGGGGUCUAAGGUUCCUCAUAACAGAUCAUUUCACCACAACGAUUGCCGUUCGUGCAAUCUCACUCUGAAUGAGUUUCAAAAGCACUCAAAUGUUCUUAGCGUCGUAGACCACAGCAAAUAUGGUAGUACUAAAGACGAAGCUGUUUUCAAUAUAUAUCAGCUAUUCUUAAAAGACGAUGAUGCGAUACUGGAAAUCAAUCCUCCAUUGUCUGUUGAGGUUGCUUUCUGGAAGAAACUUGCAAAAUUUAAAAUCUUUUGUGAACAGUGUAGGGUGAAGUUGGAAUCAAAAUCCACUGAGAGUCAGCAUAUUGUAGCAAAUGAGGACAAUGUGCCGCAGCCACAGAACACAGUACAACCCGAAGAAAUACUUUUCAACCAAUUUCAGCAUAUUGCUUCAAAUGAGAGCAGUGUGCCGCAACCUGAAGAAAUAUUGUCGAACCAAGUUCAACAUAAUAAAGAAACGCUUGAAAUAUCCAUUGGAAACCCUCUGAUAUCGCAAGAAGUACAGGAGCAAAAUUUAGCUGCUGCGUCACAACCCACAGAGAAGUUCAACCAAGUUCAACCAAAUCUAAAUUCUUCUACUUUAAGGGAAACGGAAAAUUUACCAUUGUCCAUAAACCAAUCUACCACCAUUGCUGCUGUUGAUAAGGAGAUACAAGGAGUACCACCCAAUGUCGCUUUACCCAGUUUGAUGGAAGCACAAGAUAUGCUGUCGUCCAUAAACCAAUCUUCUAACUCAAUUGCUGCUGUAGCAAAGGAGAGGCGAGAAGAAAUAUCAAACGUUGCUGUUCCCGCUUUUAUAGAAACAGAAGACUUGCCAUCCAUCUCAAUUCAAACUGUUGCUGUUGAAAAGGAAAAGCAAGAAGCAGUACUAAGUGUUGCAAGCAAAGCGAAAACGAAAAUUCUACAGGAAAAAAUAUCUGAAAAAGAUACAGCAAUUAAUUCCCAAACUUUUCGUAAUCAGCCACAAGACAAAACUGAGCCAACCUUUGAGAAUAUAUUAAACCAAAUUUCUAUCAAUCAGAAAUGGUUUUCGGAAUUCAAGUCUGUUUUACUGAAAAGAAUUAAUAGCAAGUUAAUUGAUAGCAGUGUGCCAACAAUGCCCUUGCCUUUGAAAACAUUUAAAAUAUUGUCUUACUACCACUUACCAGUGAAAAAUAUUUUAUCCGAUUUUUGUGGAAACAAUGAAGAGCUAAAGGCAUUUCUGGAAAACGACCAGGAAUUAUUUGCUGGCCUAGUUUCUCUCUACUACAACAAAUAUUUUACAAAUCCCAAGUUUCGUGAUAAAUAUCCCCUUAGGAUCAAAUCAUGUCCUAGUUGUAUGCAAAAGAAAAUGUUAAGUUUUGUCGAAAAUCGCAUCAAUGACAAGAAAGAAGCCCAAAAAGGACACAGUGUUGAUGCAACAACCGCCUUGGAAAAAACAGCUGCCAGCAAUCCCCAUAAUCCGUCAUCUGAAGUAGCACAUCAAACUCCCUGUGUUCCUAAUGAUCCCCAAUCAUAUGCCAUCAGCGCGGAUAGCUUGCGUAAACCGACAACAAUUAUUGAAAGAAAUCUUAUGAAUAGCAUACCGCCAAUUUUAGUAUCGGAGGAAAAAUUGCGUAAAUUAAACAUGAGACUUAAGGGUGGUCCACAAUGUAAAAAUAGGUUAAAAAUCGAUAAAAACUUGUUUCCAAAUAAUAAUGAAACAUGUGAGCAAACUGUUGAAGAUGACUCAGUCCUGCUUAGCCAACAACAAGAGCAAGAUCAUCAAGAAAAUUCCCAAUCAACUUCGAAAGACUCUAUAAGCACAAAAUCAGUUGAACAAAAUAUUAUGAAGGAUGCCUUGCAAAAUGAAAGAAUAAUUAACGAGGAUGGUUUGCAACUAAACCAUUCAGCUGUUAAGACUUUUUUCACCGUGCAAACUAAAGAGACAACAAAAAACAACUUGAAUAUUGAGUGUACCAAAAAGAAAGGGUCAACUGUGGAAACAAACUCUUCAAGCACAUCCUUUAGAAGCGCAGCUCAAGAACACAGCGAAACUUCCAAAUCCAACAAAACAUCAAAAACCAUUACAAAGGAGGGAUCAAGGACUGAAGUUAGUCAAUUAUCGGCUGCUGCAGAGCCAAAAGACUUGACCAAGAAUUCAAAAGCCGAUAAAAACUUUUUGCAAAAUAAAAGCCAAACAAGUGAUCAAAAUGUUUCCGAUGAUACAAUCUUGCUAAGCCAACAAAAAGAGCAGUCUCAUGAAAAUUCCAAGUCAACACCGAAAGACUCAACAAGCCCAAAAUCCGUUCAGCAAAGUGAUAUCAGAAAAAAUUUGCAGAAUGAAACAAUCAUCAGUAUUAAGGCAUCGGAACCAAAACAAUCAACUGCUAGAGGCCGUCCAAAAAGUUUAUCCGCCUUACAAACCAAAGAGACAACGAAAAAGUCAACGAUGGUAAUAAAAACUUCAGGCACAUCCCUGAGUAGUGGGGCUACUCAACACUGCGGAAUUUCUAAAUCCAAUAGAACAACAAAAACCGCUACAAAAGAAGGGAUUGAAGUUAAGCAACUUUCUGCUGCUGCAAAUUCCAACAUGGUAGAGAAUAUCAUAUCGUUUGACAAGCAGAAUGUAAAACAAACAUCGAAGGAUAGUGCAUCGCAAGAAUUAGAUGCAAAUAUGGAGCAAGUCAAAGCUACAAUCUUUAAAUAUUAUACCAAAGACUAUUCGCUGCCUUAUAUGCUACGUACAUCCUUUGGCCUUAAGCAGAAAAUAACACAAAUGAUACAAGAUCUGGAUUUCAAAACUUUUAGCAAGAUAACACACAUCUACAAGGGAGCGAAACUCUUCGAUGAUACCGCUAUGCUGAAGCACAUCUACGACUACGCUGUGAAAUCCCCCGGCAUAUGGUCAAAGAAUCUUUUCAUAAAAUUGCCUGAUUUUUGCAAGCUGUUGCAGGCGAAUGGUACGGGCUUCUCUGAAGCUGAAAGAAUAAAACUGCUCGAAUAUAUUUCUCCACGAUUUUUGCACUGGUCCGAGUUAAAAACCAAUACAAAUUUUGUAGAAAUGGUUCGAAAAAAUUAUUUUAAAGAAAAUUUUCAAAAUUUGAAUGAUGCGGAUGAGGUUGUCAAGAAGGCAUGUAGCGAGUAUUACAGUCAAUGUUGGGUGCUGGAUAAAUGGAUAGAAAAUGUUCCCCUUGUGGACGAGAACAUUUUGAAAGAGGUUCCGUUAUCAGGUAAAUUUGCCAAAUUACCAAAAAUGUGUUUAUAA